AUGAUUUUGAACAUGAGUAAAAAAGACAAUAACAACAGUGGAGAUGGUGGUGAUAACAGACUUGGAGCCAUAAUCAGUUUUGGAAAUUAUAAUAACAGUACUCGUACCAUUAGCAAUAAUAACAACAACAACACGCCUGGUACUGCUAUUGCUACUACUAAUAGUGGAAUUAGCAGAAGAAUCAGAACCAUUAAUAGAAGAGUUAAUGAUAGAAGAAGUAAUAGGCUUUCACAACCAUUCAGAUUUAGAGAUUCUUCUAAUAAUAAUUUUCGUAGAUUUUCUACUUAUAACAAUCAUAUUAGAAACACUAAUACCAAUACCAACGGGAACAAUAAUGCUAGAACUAGAAUUAGGGAUAAUAGUACAACUAUUGGAACUGAAGAUAAUAAUAAUACUAAUAGAAAUGCAAGUAGUAGGUUAAGAUUUUCUGAUUAUAACCCUGAUAGAUUUUCCAGAUUUUCCAGUAAUUCAUCCAAUACUGGCGAUCCUACAACUACAACAACCAGUAAUAAUAAUAACAGCACUAGCACUAAUGAAACUAAUAAUACUGUAUUUGGUCCUGUUUUUAUUGGUCCAGAGCGAAUGAAUUACGAUAUUACUAACAAUACUGGUAUUAAUAUUCCAAGUGGAACUAACGGCUCUUCACAUCAUUUCAGGCCUCUAGAUGAAAUAUUUUCUUAUAUUGAAGAUGAAAUGUCUAAAUUACGUAAAAGAUUAGAAGAUAAUGAAUCUGAUGAAAAUGACAUUGAUAUCGAUAAUGUUGAGUUUAUUAAUGUUAGUUCUAGUUGCGUUGCUGGAACUGCUCCUGAAGAAGAAUUUAAUAAAUUUAAUAAAAGUCUAAUUCCAUUUGAGAUAUAG